GGAAGAUCCAGUUAUGACGUAAACUCGACCUCGCUGAAUCGUGCCUUCCGUUCUGCCUCUCGACGAUCUCUCUCACUUCCAAAUUCUCAGCACUCAUCGAUCAUCGCCAUCCUUGUUGCUUAUUUGUUGUUGUUGACCGCAAUCCCGUCAACAAGAAGGAAAAAGAUGGGAACGAAACUCAAGAAGAGCAACGCCGCCAACAUGGGGCCCAAAGAGCGCAUCGUGAAGAUUACCCGUCGUUUGGAGCAAGAUCAGUUGGGGCCCAAGAUGAAGGCCAAGCUGCUAGCACGUCUGGUCAUGCUGCAGGGACUCGCCGAUGGCUUUGCCAAGGAAGGCAAGCAGCCAGCUUUUCCUGGGUUGGCCAUGCGCUUGGCUAUCAUCCAAGAAAAGCUGAAGACGGAAGAAGAUCCAGCUCGUCGUGCGGAACUGGAGAAGCGCAAGGCCAAUGUGCAAAACAGGCUGGCUCAAAAGCAGCAGAUGCGGGCCAACAAGCAGUGCCAGAACAUCAAGCAACGCUUGUCCAAUAUCGAGGCCAAAUUGAUGAAGGAGAAAGACCCCGCAGCUCGUGCUAACUUGGAAGCACGCAAGGCUAAUUUGGAAGCCAAGUUGGCAAACAAGGAGAACAAGCAGGAUACCAGUCGUGGAGUAGUGAGCUCGGCCGAUGAUCAUGAGCAGUGGAUGAAGGUGGAUGUCCCGAAGCCCAACACUUCCUUCUCGUCUGCCGAGGCUGGAGCAAGUGCACCCAAGGUAACAAACAACGCAGGAGAAGACCAGAAGGAAGAAGAUGUUGGCAAGCUUGAAGUUGACGAGGAACUGAUUGCUGCCUUCCCUCAGGUGACCAAGCGGUUGACUAAGAUCACACUGAAGUUGAAGACAGUGAAGAAUCCUGACAGGCGCAAAGCUCUUCUCAAUCGCAAGGCCAAGGUAGAAGCCAAGCUUGCAAGGAAGCAGGAGAGCCUCAGAAAGGAAGCCAAACAAGAGGACACCCAGGUGGGUCUGGAUGGUGUGAAGGAGGAAGAGGAAGAUUUCUCUGGGCCUGAAGUGGAUCCGCAGUUGAUUGUUGCCUUUCCGAAGGUGACACAGCGUUUGAUUAAGAUUGCCCUGAAGUUGAAGACUGUAACCAAUGAGGGUCAGCGACAAUACUUGCUCCAACGAAAGGCAAAGGUUGAAGCCAAUCUUGCUAGGAAGCAGCAGCAGCUAAAGAACCGCGCUAUGAAAAGAGGCUCCUUUCCUGGAAUCAACAGAAAGUUGGCAAUGAUCGACACUCAAUUGAAAUUGGUCAAUGAUGAUACCGAGCGUGCAGACUUGGAGAAGCGCAAGGUCUUAUUGCUGCGCAAACGGAUGGAGAAGCGCCAAGCGAUGGAUGCUGGCCCUGGAGGGCACAUCUCUUGUCAAUUGGAACGCACACAGGCGCUCUUGGUGGAAGCAACCACUCCUGAGCGUCAAUGCUCCUUGGAAUCUCGCCUCUUGCACUUUCAGCAACGCCAGGAAGAGGCUUCCCCGUCUACGCUCUCUUGCGCCCCUUAUGAUCCUCGCCGCGAAAAGCAGAAACAAAAGUUUAUCCAAAUGGAACAGAAGGCUCGAAGCAACAAGAACGAAAAGGCUUUGGAUCGUAUUGCUUUGCAGCAAGUCUAUGUCGCUCAUUAUCCGGACCCCCAGCACUAUGUGUCCGCCUUUGGUGGAAAUAAGUCUAUCAAGAAGCGCGCGAUUCUCAGGGCACAGGCUCUGGACUUGGCUUCUUCCGAGCAGGGCGUAAACUGGAUUGCCGCCGACAUGUACGAACGCUUGCCUCAGCAGUGGAGCAUGGAUGACGAGGUUGCUACGUUUGGUGAUAAGCAGCAACAGAACCAGAAGAAUGUCAAGAAGAGCGCAGCAAACAACGAAAGCGAGGAAGAUUUUGUUGCUGUGUGCGCGGAAGAGGAUGUUCUGAGCUUGGACGACUUUUCUGAAAAGUUCUUGCCCGACUAUGGGCUUCGCGAGUCUGGCGUCUUGGAAGAUGGUUUCGAAAAGGUACCUUUGCUUGACGCCAAAGCGAUCGAAGACGAGGGCUGGAUGGAAGUGGACGCCAAGGAGACUGAUCUUCCCGCGGUCGCCAAGAAAGCCAACAAGAAUGGCAAGGAGACUAGCGAGAAGCACGGUUAAGGCGUUCUCGGAUUCCAGGCCACGCAAGAAAUGAUGGCUGCGCGUGUUUUUUGCAUGUAUUUUGAAUAGACAGAUCCGAUUCAUGGAAUCAGAGCCUAGGCAUCUUCCGAAUUGAAUUCAAAGUCGCAACAAAUAAGUCAAAUCCUCCCCAUCCAGUCUGAAACUAAACUAGUAAACAGCCAUCAAGUGCUUGAGAGAAAUCACCGUUCCCAAUGAAACUCGUACAGCUAUCCAGU